CUGAGAUCGACGCCCUCCCAGCGGCUGAACCCUGGAAAGCAGCCCCAGCCUCCGCAGAAGCAGCAGAGCAAGCUGCGGUGACAGAGGAAGCACCAGCUCCAGCAUCUUAUCUUCUUAAUGGCUAGAGCUUAAACCUCGACAGCAGAGAUGUACCUUCUCCUUCUAAAGCUCAGCCUCAUCCUCUGAUGCAAUUCCCUACAGGCAAGUUCUCUCUGCUCGCUUGUUUCCCCCCCUUUUUUUUAUUAUUAUUUUCUUUCGCCACUUUAUUAGUUCACUUUCCCUCUCUUUUUCAACGGCGUGGCAAAAAUAACCCCUUUUGCAUGUAAGAAGCUGUAGAUUUUUUGUCACCUUUUUUUUUAUAGCAUUUACAUAACAAAAUUGGAUGUUUGACUUUGCUUGUGUUGCAUUGUGACUCACACGUGAUUGAUGUUGUAGAGUAGAUUGACAUGAAUGUAACACUAAUAUAGUACGAAUAAUGAUUCUCCUCAGUGAUCGACAGAAACAAUAUUGAUUAAUUAUAUUUAACAAUAUUUCGUGAAGGUUCUUUGAGAGGAAUCAUUAUCUACCACAACUUAAUAGUUUGUGGGAUGGAUUGGGCAUGGUUUAUUGGCGCCAGACCUGGGGACAAACAUGCUUUACCGCCAUGCAUCAAACCAGCGCGGUAAAUACAGACCACCAGACAAAUGCUGCCAACUUCUGACUGUGGAAGGUAGUCUUCCAAACAACAUGGGGAAACCUUUAUAUUCUAGUCCUUUUUGAUUCCAAAACAUGGCUGACUUUUAGAGCUUUAGAGAAUAAUUGCUUUCCUUCUGAGGUUAGCUUGAUUUAGCCUUUCCAACACUCAAAAGAUAGUUCAAUAUUUUUACAAGGUCUUAAUUUGUAGGUCUGGCCUUUUUUACGUUUAACUCAAACUUGAUUCAAGAUUUCAAGGCGAAAUUAUGUCCAUCAUAAGCGUUGAUUAGAUAUCUCUACUUCCACAGUGUUUUACUGUAAAGGUAGGCCACCUCUCUACCGCUAAUUAGAGUUGGGUCAAUUUCUAGUUUUACCAGUUCCGGCGUACAAGCUUGAUUUUCAACAGGUUGAAUUGGCAUUUAAUAUAAUUAUUGUCAUCUUUUACGUUCUGGCCAAUUUUAAAAGUAGCAUGCGCCAGCAGCUGUAACAGCUAGCUGUACUAGCUGUUUAGCUAGUUGGGCUCGCUUGCACAAACAUGCACAAACAUGCACUUGGACUUGGUGCGUGGCCGGCACCAGAUAUGCCGACAAAGAGCGGAGAAAAUUUUAAAACCCUUAAUAUCCAAUUGGUUUGAUAUUUCUUUAGUGCGGUUGAUGGUUUCAACUCUUUGACCUUUUUCUUUCAAAAUUAGAAUGCACUGUUUUUUAUUUAACUAACUUCAUCCAGGAUUAAGAAAUCAGUCCUGAACUAUGUUCAAAGAACCAAUUUAUCUGGAUGAGAGUUAACAUGAUAACUUAAUCUGGAUAACAGUCCAAAUUAGAUAAGCCUCAAUAUUGGUUUUAAAACUUUGGUUUCUCUCCUGUUUUCAAGGAAAGGCAAGAACCUGACCUUUUGUGUUUUUUAUGUACAAUACUCAAACUGAUUCAACUGGUCAACAAACAGUGUGUGUGUGUACCAGCCACAGCCAACCCUUUAGCAGCACUUGUCUGGUCUUGGGUUCCUCAAAAUGUUUGUAAUAACACUUCUACCCAGGUGUGGUGAGCACUGUAAGGAAUGGAGUAUGUCUUUGAUAUGUUCUGUAUUGCAUUCUCCCUCCUCCCUCUCUACUCAAGCACUUGGGCAGAAGGGUGAUUCCCCUGCACCCAUCUCUCCUCUCUCCCCUCUUCACUCCCCCGACUCUCUGGAGGAGCUCUCUCUGACCGAGAGUCCCAACCAGCCCCCUGCUUUGGGAUUUGCUGCAUCCUUCGGCUCCUUCGCCACUGAACCCCCCACUACUCAUUCCAAGGACAUGGCUUGGGUGGGUGAAGAGAGUGGCUCUGGACCGGGCCGUAGUAAGAUUAAGGAAGACCUAGAUCCAUUAGCUGGUCCUUACCUGAGUUUAGGGAAAGACCCAGGGCCUCAUAAUCCGAGUGAAGACAGUGGCAUUUCCUUUUCACCUGAGGAGAAGCUGAUUAGCUCAGACAGGUCCUCCACUGGCCCCUCCCCUGUGAACCCCCAGAUGAAGGUCCCCGAGUCUCACCUUGCCUCCUCUAACCCAACAGAGCAUUGGGAUUCACCUUUCCUAACAUCUCAAGACAACUCCAAAGUCUCCAUGGAUACCUUCUCCAAGGACACAGCUCCCUUUAACUCUGCCGGGUAUGAGCCAGACCUGCACGACAACCAGUCUGAGGAAGAUGAUGACCUGAUGUAUGAGGUGAAGAAGAAUAAUAACCCAUUUGAGGGCUAUUCCCCACUGGCGGACAGUGGUUACUCCCAUUUUGGAGACUCCAAGUCCGACAACAGGGCCUCAAAAAUGUCAGAGAGUCCCACUCCGGAUCUGGUUCAGUACGGCCAGACUGAAGAAUCCCAUGACACCCCACCAUCUUUCUUAGACGUGGGGAACACUUUUGAGACGGGCAAGAUGGCGGCGGACUCGCUCAUGCAGUCAGUGAAUCAGUUCUCAUCUGUUCUGAGAGACGACGAUGAUGACGAUGAGGAAGAAGAUUCUGCUCUGCCACCGUCGCUUCCAGACAUCCUGAAGUCUUCCCCGCUCAACCCCGACAAAUUGGACUCCGGCUCCUCAGAGGGAAGUCCGGAGGAGCAGAGUCCCAUCCUUGAACGGAGGAUGAUGGAGUCGCCCAACCCCCCAAUCAAUCUGUCGGCUAACAACCCGUUUGCCUUUGAUGCUAAAGUGUCCCUGCUGAAGGAGAUGACUGAGGAGUUGGAAGUGAGAGGGACCGACAAAGGAAAAGGUGAAGACGACACGAGCUUCAGCGCAUUCGACCUUGUCAAGGAGGCGGAGGUAACCACCCCCACUAAGAUCAUGGAAGAGAAACCAGUCAAGAUCGAGCAGAAAGAUUGGUUUUCAAGCCACGAUUCUCCAAAAAUGAUGGAACAGUUCGAGCCCCUUGACUUCCAGAGCAAAAAGACCGUCGCUGAGGAUUCAGAUUCGGAGUCGCCAACAGCAGACUCCCUGUCUCCAGUCCUGGAAGCGAUGGCCAAGAACCCCGCCAGCUUCCAGGUGGAAACAGAGAACAUGGACCAGAAGAUGGAGAUGGAGGAGCCCGAGAUGGCUGAGGAGGUCUCUGAGCAUGAAGUCUCCUCUGAGGAGUUUGAGUUCAUUGAGCGCCCACCCAGGGGCGUUAUCGACGAGUUUCUCGAGGCUCUUGAUACGUCCAAGUUUGCCUCCUCCAAGCCCCCAGAGAUCCCCAUGGAUGACGAUCUAAGCUUUGGGCAGAAAGAUGUGCCCCAGUUUUCAGCUCCACCUGUGGCCGAAGUAGCUCCACCUCCCAAGGUUGAAGAGACGGCUCCAAGUCAGAGCUCCUACCGCCUCCUCACCCAGGAUUCCCCCCAGAAGAGCAAGACCGAGCUGGAGAAGCUCGACAUUCAGCAGCCCCCACCCCAAGCUCCGCUCAUCCACUCCCCUGUCCGCAAACCAGAUGAGGCGGUCGCUAAGAAGAGCGCAGAGGGCGGAAAAGUGUUUAAGAUGCCAAACGUGAACAUAAGAGCAGUGGUGGAUCUCCUCUACUGGCGCGAUGUGAAGACCACCGGUGUGGUGUUCGGCGCCGCCCUGCUGCUCCUCCUCUCCCUGACGGUGUGCAGCAUCGUGAGCGUCAGCUCCUACAUCGGCCUCGCUCUGCUCUCGGUCACCAUCUGCUUCAGGAUAUACAAAGGCAUCCUGCAGGCCAUCCAGAAGUCGGAUGACGGGCACCCAUUCAAGCAGUACCUGGACCAGGAUGUGGCGCUGUCCGAGGACGUGGUCCACAAGUACAGCGACUUGGCUCUGGCCAAACUCAACAAGAGCAUCUGUGAAUUAAGGCGCCUGUUCCUGGUGGAGGACCUGAUCGACUCCAUUAAGUUUGCCGGGUUGAUGUGGAUCCUGACUUACGUCGGCUCCUUGUUCAACGGGCUCACUAUUCUCAUUCUGGCUCUGAUCGGACUGUUCAGCUGCCCGAUCGUCUAUGAGAAACACCAGGCUCAGAUCGACCACUACCUGGCGCUGGUCAACAACCAGGUGAAGGACGUCGUUGGAAAGAUCCAGGCGAAGGUCCCCGGGAUGAAACGCAAAGCAGAGUGAAGUCACGAUAAGUCGGAUUCAGGACGUCCCGAGAGGGAAGAUGGUUGGGGGGGGGUGUGGGGGGGGUCUGAUAUGAAGGAAGGCUGAAGAAGUCUGGCGUGGAUGCAACCCUUCUAACUUUAUUUGACUAAAUAAUAAUUAAAAAAAACACUUUUUUCCCAGUUCAGAAUUCCUUUUUAUUUCUUUUUUUGUGUGUUUUCUGGAAAAGUUGAAGCGGGUCAGAGUUCACGACCCCGAGGUCGCGCUCGAUGAUUCACCUUUAUUUCACGUCAAGUUUUAAAUGUCUGUUUCUUUUGAGUUUCUGGAACUUACAGAAACACAUUUUUAAUCUUUGAAUUAAAAAAAAAAAACAACAACAAAAACACCCCUCCCUCUCCUCACCCAGUGCAUUGUGGGAAGUCGAUCGCUGCCUCCAGUCGAGUUUUGGGUGUUUUACUUUCCAUAAUUUUUGAGGCAUGGGGAGGGAUCGUUUUUUAUUUUAUUUUUUGGUUUCCCUUCGUCUGCUGUUUCCAAGAAAGCGAGCAGCACUAGAGUGUAUUUUUUGUUUUUCUUUUUGUUAUGAUUACAGAGUUAGAAGUAUUUUGUGAUUUAGCUGUUUAACUUAAAACGCCAUAGUGUCCCUAAAGCUUCGGGCUCGUUUCCUCGGUUACCGGCGGCGUGGUUUUGCCUCGAUGUGACGGAUUUGUGAACAUCUUUUGGGGGGGGGGGGUUAGGGGUACUACCAUUUCAAAAAAAAAAAAAAAAAAAAAAAAACCUCAUUGCUUCUGAGUAACUAGCUAGAAACACCUAGAAAACCUUCGCCAGGCGAAUACAACACAUUAAUUACAUCAAAGUCGUUAUUUCCAUGUAAUUUGCAGCUGUCUAGUAAUGAAAAUCUCUGGAAGAAACACGUUUACAUUCAUCCACAUCAGUUUAAAUAUUUUAAACACUGAAAAGGAAGAGAAAAAAAUGAAAUAAAAAAAAUAACCAUACUGUCUGUGGAACAAAUAUCUUAAUGAAGUUACAACUUGAUGUGACUUUGGGAAACCUUUCAAGCAUUUCUUUGUCAUGCAAGUAUAAUUGUGAAUGACGAACUUCAUACUUCAAUUGUGACGAUAAAAAGCUUCCAGCUGGGAGUCGUGUUUGUGGAAUGCAUUGUGAGAUGUAAACAAUUAUCAAUAAAGCUUCUAGACGAAGAAA